AUGAUGACUGUCCAGACCCUGCGAGCUUCCCAAAAGCAGCCCACAAUCUUUCAAAUCAAGAAGUGGAUUCUGCUGGGAGAAACCAACAAGGAGACCCUCCCUUGGUACAAGAACAUUAGUCCAGGAUUCAAGAAGUUCAAGGAGGCCAUCAAGGGCACCUACGUAGACAAGAAACGCCCCUUCACUGAUAACAUCUCCACCGGAGGUCUGACCUUGUCUGGUGUAGCGACCAAGAUGAAGAUGCAGAGACCAUUAUCAUCCUCUGGCACAAUCUCUAUCUACACCCGAAAGUCCAGUCGCUUUGAGAAUCACCACGAGAACAUGUCUGUGCACCUGUCCUCUCCCCCACACCCCUGUUUCAGGGAUGUACAGACCAAUGACAUUGUCACCAUGGAGAGGGCAGGCCCCUGA